AGAGGUGCGCUCACGAUUUUGGUGGAGAGGAUCGUCUUGUCGACCUUUAACGAGAAAACGUUCGUUGAACACCGACGGUGAAUGCCGGCAACAAAGACACAAAGUGUUUAAAAAAAUUUUAAUACCAACAAUAUUGGAUACAUGACAUAAUUUUAUGAAAUUAUUCACUUCUUUGAAAAGUCGUGGAAUCAACCAAAAGGUUCGCGAGUGUCUGGACUUAGUGAUGGUUUGCUAACCUUGGAUAUGCAAUCUCGAUAAUACAUUUUUUUUUCAUUUUGACUUCUGCUAAAAGUGGUGUGUUUGCAAGUCAAAGAAGAAAUCGUGGAAACAAUUAGUGUGUUGCAAGGUUUAAAGGUCUUGGUACCAAGGAGGUUCAGUUCCUGGACCUUUAGUGAUGUUCUUCGGAGUGGUUGCAAAUCGGUGGUGAUACAUUUGUGAAUACCAAUUCAAGUGAAAUUAAGAUAUAUAAAAAAAAUAGUGAUUCCGAGGCUAAAUGGUCUUUCGGAUCGACAAUAUUGUGAGAGUUAAGAGGUGAAGUACUAGAAAUGACCGUUUGCAGGUGAAAGCGGAGAGAGGAUUGUUGAGAAAGAAUCGUUGUGCGGAUUAGUGAUUCGAAAAUUUUCGGGAUUUCGAGUUAAGUGUGCAUGAGGAUAUUCAUCAUGGAUUCGCACGGAUUUAAGAUCUCACACUCCCUUCGGAUUAUCACCAGCCUCUUCCUCUCGUGUCUCGUUCUGGUGCACGUAAGAGCGGCGGAAGAGACUCAAGUGGACACUCACGAGGGUUCGACUGUGAAGCUGCAAUGUCGGUUUUCCCCUCCAAGGGAAAAUGCCACCUGCUUUUGGUUGACGCACACGAACAACGUGCACGACAAUGCGGCUAUUGAACAAACCGCUCUGGCGCCUUACUACCGGGUUCAUAUGAACCUAGAAGCGGGCAUGUACGACCUGGAGAUUAAGAACGUCUCCUACGAGCGAGAUAAUGGAAAGUACGAGUGCCGAGUAAAGGUCAGCGGUACGGGAGAAAAUCUGUACCAUAAGAACAUCACCCUAACCGUUUUGAGGGCACCUGGACCACCUACAAUAUCUCCAAUGUCUGCUGUUGCUCGAGAGAGUGAACGACUUGAACUUCAGUGUAACACCAGGGGUGGAAGUCCUGAGCCGGAAGUGAAAUGGUACCGCGGACCACACCAAUCUUACCUUCAAACCGGUAGGACACUCAUGAUUGUGCCAAGGAAAGAGGACGAUGGGGAGACCUUUCUCUGCGAGGUUAGAAAUCGAGCCAUGCCUGAAGGGCAAUCUUUGAAAGCUAGUGUGAAACUGGAUGUGAGCUACUAUCCACGAGUUCGGGUAGGACCGGAAAAUCCACUUAGGGUUGAGGCUAAUACUACAGCAACUUUAAACUGUAACGUUGACUCAAAGCCAGGAGUAGGCAUGGUUCGAUGGAUGCGGGAUUCCAAUUAUGUCGCCAUGACUUUGACACAUGUUAUUCAAAAAGUAACUCUUCAAGACGCUGGUACCUACACCUGUCAAGCUGAUAAUGGGCUUUCUCGAAAGGGUGAGGCUUCUCUCACCUUGGAUGUACUUUAUCCGCCAACUGUCGCCAUCGAGGGCAGUAAUGUUCGCGUAGCUGAGGUAGAGGACUCCAUCACCGUCCACUGUAAUGUUUCUUCCAAUCCCCCGCCUUCGGUUAUCGAAUGGCUUAGAGAAGGACGACCAGAAUAUAGACAAAAUGGUCCCAUCUUACGCCUUACUCGCGUUACAGCAGAACAUGCAGGAAACUACACGUGCAGAGCUAUUAAUAACAUCCAUCCAACUGGAGGUGAACGAAAAAAUCAGUCAGCAAGUGCAAAAGUAACGAUUCGCGUUAGACAUAAGCCUGGACCUGCGAGAAUUACUCCAGAUUCACCUGAGGCUGUGGAAGGAUCAAGGGUGAUCCUCACCUGCAUGGCUAGUCCUGGUGGAUAUCCGGAACCUCAGUAUCAGUGGUCGAAGGAAUCAGAGUUGGGAGUUAUCCAAAUUCCACCAUCUGAACACUCGGGUCCUAAGUAUGAAAUAGAAUCUGUCCAGCUAAGCAGCGAGGGAACCUACAGGUGUUUUGCCAUGAAUGAGAUUGGUAACGGUGAACCUGCAUCUGUUAAUCUGACCGUAAUCCAACCACCCAAAAUUCUCACCAAGCUUCAUCCACAUGUUACAAGAAAAGUUGGAGAAUCCUCAUUUUCGGUAACAUGUGUAGGCCAAGGAAAACCAAGACCAACAGUACGUUGGUUGAAAGACGACCAGGAACUUACUGCUGAUGAGAGGCUCUAUAAGGUAACAACAACAACAUCUGAGGGACAUGGUAGAGUUAUCACCGUAAACAGUACCCUGAGCUUCUUGGGUCACGCUCGUCCCGAAACUGAUAAAAUUAUAGCCAACGAUCGUGGAAAAUACACCUGUGUCUUUAAAAAUGAACUGAGAAGAAUAGAGUCGCAGAUGAUGUUGAAGGUCGAACACGCUCCAAUUGUUCUUCCCCAGCAUGGAAAGGUCGCUUAUGAUUUGAAAGACACCGCAGAAGUAACUUGCAAAGUUCAGGCCUGGCCGAAACCAGAAUUCCAGUGGAGCUUUGGGACCAAUGCCGCUCCCCUUCAAGGAUCCAGUGACGGACAUUAUGAAAUUUCCACCAGUACUGAUAACUACGAUGUCUAUACUUCUAUCCUAAAAAUGACCAACAUUCGAAAUUCCGAUUACGGGGAUUACAGCUGUCGUGCAGCCAAUGCUCAGGGUGCCAUCAUAUCAACCAUAAAACUCCAACCUAAAGGCGCUCCAGAAAAACCAACCAGAAUUAAUGCUGUUGAUGUUGGACCCACUUAUGUGACUCUGCAAUGGGAUUUGGGAUUCGAUGGGGGAUUACCAAUAACCAAAGCGUUCGUCUCUUAUCGCAGAAUUGCAAGUGAUCAAGAUAUUGUCGUUCCCGACUGCGCCCCACCCAAAGGACCACCCAACGGUCAAUGGCAGGAACUCGACUGUCGGAAAUCCAAUCCUUGCAACGUAACCGAUCUCGAACAGCAUCAAAAUUACAACUUCAAGGUCAAGGUUUACAAUACCAAAAACCACUCGGAUUAUUCAGACGAAAUCAGCGCAACAACAGCGGUUGCUAAGAUCCCAAUGCCAAUGAGGGUUACCUACGAUCCCGAGACCUUCCUUCUGUCCAUGAAUGUUGGGGCCACUUGUCUGGCUCUUGUCGCUUCAAUCGAAAGAUUGGAUAGCGGCUCAGAUAGCUCGUGGAGGAUUACCGAGGAGUGGCCUCUUGAGGUUUUGGGAAGUGCUUCCACUCAUAGGCAGAAUCCCCUCCAUGAUUCUGAAGCUGAUAAUUCCGACCCACACAUUAGAGUGAGACUCUGCCUCAAAGCAGAUCGCCAGAAAUGCGGCGAAUACAUGGACGCUGAGAUUGGACCAUCUUACAUUGCCCAAUCAAGUGGCCUGGCAACACCCACAGUGAUAACUUUGCUUGUAAGCGGUGCAGUCUUCCUGCUCUUUGCCACUCUGGUCCUCCUCUUCUGUCGUUUUAGAAGGAAACAUGCUGCCAAAGCCAAAGACUAUGAAAUGGACUCAAACGCAGUCCGACCCAGCCUCGUAACUGGAAAUGGACAACAGACUCAAGCACCGCCACCAUAUUAUGCAGAAAACAAAGCCUUGGAACACAGCUUAGACCACGCCUUGGCACUUGAAGAUUCAAAGACCCCUGCCUACGCUCAACCUGGAUAUGGUUACCAUCAACCAAACCACAACAUCAAUGGUGAGAAUGGUGUCAACAUGGGUUAUAUGGACAACAGCUAUUCUAACUCAAACAAUGGUGGGUCCGUCAACUCGCAGGAUUCCAUUUGGCAGAUGAAAUCGGCUGCGGCCAACGGCGUCAACCAACCCUACGAUAUGGGCGGAUACGCAACUACCGAGUCCGAUUACCCAGCGCACCCUCAUUACAUGCCACAACGCGAUGAUUAUAGGGAAACCCACAACUUGAGUCGCCAGCAAUUCUGUCCCGAACCAUUUUCCGCCGUCGUCAAGUCACAAAAGCAUGUCGACUCGCCCUACGAUGUCUCAGGUCUGCCAUACCAGGAGGCUUAUGACGAGGAUGCGAAGCCACCCCAGCAGGUGAGCCUCUCCUACGACGAGAGCCUCGAGUCGGGAUACUCUACGCCGAACAGCCGAGGAAGACGGAUAAUCCGUGAGAUCAUUGUCUGAGAUCAGCCUACCGGCUCGCGAGCCGGCA